AUGGAGCAGUCAUCAUCACAAAGUAGUGCAGAGAGAGGUGAGGCCCAAAGGCAAACAUUGCACCAAAGUGAUGAUGAUCAAGGCACCUCAUUCUGGAGGAGUUGUUUCAAUCUCCUCAAUACAUUAUCAGGUGUAGGGUUACUGUCUGUCCCUUAUGCACUUUCAGAAGGAGGCUGGCUAUGUCUCAUAAUUAUGUUGUUAAUAGCUAUCUCAUGUUUUUUCACUGGGCUACUUAUCCAAAAAUGUAUGGACUCAUCUUCGGAAAUAAACACAAACUCUACAUAUCCAGAUAUAGGAGAAAGGGCAUUUGGGAACAAAGGAAGAUGGUUAAUAUCAACCUUCAUGUGCCUUGAACUUUAUUUGGUGGCAGUUGAGUUCCUUAUAUUAGAAGGUGACAAUUUGGAGAAAUUGUUCCCAUAUGCAUAUGUUCACCUAGGCAAGCUGAAACUUGGGGCCAAACAAGCCUUUGUUUUGCUAGUGGCAUUGGUGAUAUUGCCGACAACUUGGUUGAGGAAUUUAGGUUUGUUGGCUUAUGUUUCUGCGGGUGGGGUGUUGGCUACUUUGGUUGUGGUUGGGUGCACCUUGUGGAUUGGGGCUGUGGAUGGUGUUGGGUUUCAUGAGAAGGGAGAGAUGUUGGGAUCUUUGGGUGGGGUUAUGAGAGCAUUGAGUUUGUGCAGUUUUUGUUAUGCUGGGCAUUCUAUUAUUCCUCCACUUCGCAAUUCUAUGAGAGAUAAGACCCAAUUCUCUAAGGUUCUAAUUUUUGGCUUUGCUGUAAGCACCCUAACCUAUGGAUCAAUGGCAAUUCUGGGCAACCUCAUGUACGGACAACAUUUGCACUCGCAGGUGACAUUGAAUUUCCCAACCAACAAAACAUCCUCAAAAGUAGCCAUCUACACCACCGUGGUGAAUCCCAUAACCAAGUACGCCAUUAUCGUCACCCCCGUUGCAACAACCGUGGAAGACGGGAUCCAAGCUUUAUCCCGUCGUAGAUGGGAUAAUAAUGUAGCUGUGAUAAUAAUGUUGACGGCGAGAACUUGUCUGGUCAUCAGCACCGUCGUUGUUGCAUUAACGGUCCCGUUGUUUGGUCCGAUCCUGGCAUUCGUUGGCGCGUUCUUGAAUGUGACAUUGUCGUUUCUGUUCCCCUGCGCAUGCUACCUCAAGAUCAACGCAGGUGCUCGGAGAUUUGGGAUAGAGUUGUGUAUUAUUCUCAUGAUUUUAGGUUUGGGAUCAUUAAUUUUUGUUGUAGGAACCUAUAUUUCUAUUAGAGAUAUUAUUCGAGGUAUGAGUCAUUAG